GGCGCGGGCAGGGGCGACCGUGCGCGCCCCGGCGGUGUAUCGCAUAGGGAAACCUCACUGGAGUGCUGGGGGAAGGCUCAGCAUGUGGAGCUCCCAGAUCUGUUAUCUUGGGGCGAAAAGUACAUCCCCUGCCUUCGGGCUGCUCCCGUAACCCCGUACAAAACAAAGGUGCAUGCCCGGUGAAAGCUGACCAUUCCCUUGGCAAAAGCUGCCCGUUCCCUUGGGAGAAAAAUGUUUUACUGCCUGAGCCAAUCCCCGCAGUCCCCGGGGACGUGGCACCACGCGUGGGUCGCACCGCGGCAGAACAGCACCGAGGGAUCGCCCGGGGGGGUCAGAGCAGGGCUUGGGAAACAGCUCUCGGGAAGGGACAGCAGGGAAGCACUCCCAGUCUGGAAAUGGAACCGCUGCCGGCUUUAUGCAAACUUGUGACCCUGGCAGUUAGCCUUUUGAACAUUUAAUUUCCCCGAUUUUGUGUUCUUUGCUGGACACGCACUCCUGCCACUGGGGCUCUGAGUGGCAGAAGUGGCCAGUGUUCACAUCUCCAGUGAAGUCGUUGACAGCUGAAGUGCUCGUGUUGGCUAGGUGAGGUCAGACUGCCAAAACAUAUGAAAACCAAAAUAAACGAUGUUUUUAGCAAUGUUUUUUUCUGUAUGCCUUCAGCAGACAAAUAAUUACAUGUGGUAUGUCUACUGGGAAUAUUGCAAAGCAAAACUCAUUACUAGUUAUAAUAUGUUUAUGAGUUAUCCAUUGGAGGUGCCUUUAAAGUACAGUUUUAUUCUGUAACUUUUAAUACUGAGGCAGUCGUGUGUUAGAAGAGGUUGCCCAAGUAUAUGUCAAUUAUUCAUCAUAUGGACUUUAUAUCAAGAUCAGAUGUUUUUCAAUGAUAUAUUCAACUGCAGGCUAAAGAGCCAUAGCUCCACUGAUAGUACAGGGAACUUGGGUGUUUUGCUGCUAACUAUGGUCUUAUUACAACACCUGCAUUUGUCCCUGAAAUAGCUCAUGAGUCAGAUUUUCAAAAAAGCUCAGCAUCUUUGCAGGCACUGCUGUUUGGGCCAUUUUUCUAAGAGCUCUGCAUACUUUGUGUGCAUACAGUCCUAAAAGCUUUUCUGAAAAAAAAAAUCUAGGUCUUCUCCAGCUGACCAAACAGGAAUCCAGAUUGUCCUGCCUUUAAAUGCAAUUCCCUGUGAGGGGCUGUAUUCAAACAUUGUUACUGUGAAUGGGUCUUCACUGCCUUGCUUACUGGGGAAACUGCCCUGGCUCUCUAGGAUUUCAUAAUUACAAAGAUUCCCUUGAGCUCCUCUGCCUUUCAUGAGACUGUUUUUGGCUGUGCUGUGGUGUGGGAAGAAGGCUGAGGACAGGUAAGUGCAUUUCUCCCAGGCACAACAGGCCAUGGGGAGAUGAGUCAGUACUGGGAAGGUGAUCCAGGCAUCCAUUCCUUACUUUAUCCAGAGCCUGAGAGUCUGUGCAGUUACUGGAGAUGACUUGCUUGCUUUUGAGUGUAUUCACUCUGAAAUUGUGACGUUAGGGAAAAGUUAACAGUAAAACAGUAAUAAUAAGCAAGAAUCCAGUUCAAAGGGAAAAUAUAUGCGUUUUCUGAAGAUUUGUGGAGGUUGAUGCAAGUAUGACAUUAACUUGCAUCUACUCAGUCUAAGCCCAUUCUGUCAGCAAGACUGCAAAGUUGACUGUCAUGUCUUUGCAGCUCAAUGUCAAUUAUUUUUGCUUCAAAUAAUUUAAAAUAUGUAAAAGAUGUAUCAAUUUCCUGUCCAAAGAAGAAAAUUUUUGUAUCCAGUAUCAGGAUUCAGGUGUGCACAAAACCAGUCAAAAGCAUAAAAGAGAAAGGUGAGGCCUCACAUUUCAUCCUGACUCUGAAUUUUCAGUUACAUAAUUUUGUAUUCCAUUAUCAAAGAUGUACCGUAAUAUCCAUCAUACAUUUUCAUUAAUCUUAUGCAGAGCAUGUAUAAUAGCUUGUGAUUUUCCUUCAUUCUGCUGUUUCUCAUGACUUCCCAUUAGCAUGAUUAUUCACUGCGUUUAUCGCCUUUAUGCACUUAGUCUUCUCUCUUGUGAGUGGGCUGAAUCCUCCAUAGGUAGUCCUCUAAACUACAGCAACAGGGGAUCUGGCUCCAAGUACAUUGUUAGGAAAGAGUUGAGAUGUCACCUUUAAGACCUACCCUUUGCAGAGGAAGGAUGAGCUAUGUUUGUAAAUAAGGCUAUCCCAGGCUGUUGUCUUCUCGUCAAAAAACAAGUCUGCACCCCCACAUGGCUCUGCCUGGCUCCCCUGCUACCCUUCCUGCCUCAAACACCCUGCAGUACCUCUGGAAAGACCUGUAAGCACCAUCCCCAUUCUUCCUGUUUCUCAGUUUGGAAAGCAAAAGCCUAUAAGGCAUUUCAGUACCUGUUUCCACUGGCAGCCAGGUGUGGACUCAUCAAUCGAUCCCAGUUUAUCUGUCCAUGCAGUGUUAAAUGUACACAAGUUCUUUUUCUUCCUCCCUGUCACCAGUACCUGCCAUGGCCAAAUUAGGGCUAGGGAGAACUUAGUCACUAAAGAGUAUUUGUCUGUGAAAAAUUUGAUGCCAGGAUUACAAUAUAUUUUAGCUCCAGCUCACUGUAUGAGGCAAAUCAGUGUGCUCUUGGAGGAACUUAUGUGUCCAAGCUGCCCUUAGUUACACAUUAUUACCUGCAGUGCCAGGAAGGGUCAGGUGGCACUUGACUGCAAAGGUAACUUACCCAACAGCCAGGCUGGGGAGGUCACACAUGUCAACAGGUGUUCACUGGUGUCUGUGAGAGGAACAGCUUUGACCAGUCAGCUCUGACUCCAUCUGUGUAUCAGCGUGGAAUACUCCAGGGCCAUCUCUCUGUGUUCAUCUAGCAGUCAGAAAAAAAGUAAAAUAGUUUGGAAAGGUAGUACCUUGAGAAGCAAAAUGCAGUCAUGCAUUUAAAGACAAAUCUUCAUUUGGUACAGAAUCUGAGUUAGUCCAUUCACUGCCCAUUUGCAGCAGUGAGGAGCUAGCCCAGAAACACACCUUCUGAGGGCUCACAGAAUAUAUAAGGAGCUUUUUUAAAACAAUUUUUGAUAACUUUCUUCUCUGUUUCAACUGUCGUGAAGCUGAUGUUUCUUUUUAUUUCUCUGGAGAAGGAAAGACAAAAAAAUUACCAUUUCUGGUAAAUUGUAUCAUUACAUUUCUAGUCUCCAUGGAAACCUGUGUGGUGCUCCACAGUUGGGUAAUAUUUCAAUCUGUUGCAGCAGAAAUCAGAUGGAGGGAAGGCUGGGUUCUGCACCUUGCAUGUUAAUCAGUUAAAAGUGGUCUUGAAAUUAUUUUCACAUUGUGUUGCAAUCUUUGUUUACAGAGUAGCAACAGAAUAAACUGAAGUAAUGAAAUUAAGCUAAGUAUGGCUUGAUCCUAUGUGCACCUAUGCACAUAACUCUGCGUCUCAGUUUGACUUUAAUAGGCACUGACAUUCAUUUGGAAGAAUUCUUUGGUUUUGGUAGGAUUAUAAGGAUUAAUACUAUGGAAACUGAAAGCAUAAUAGCAAACUGUUUGUCACGUUGACUCUACCAAAAAGCUUCCCAGAGAGGUAGUAACAAUCCCCUUGUUGUGAUUUAUGUAAGCAAAGCAUUUUGAAAAUCAAGAACCUUAAUUUUUUAUCUUUUACUGUCUUCAUUCUUGUUCUGCCACUGCUAAGGAAGAAAUACAUCUGAAAACUGGUUUCCUCUGAAAAGAUGGGGUAACUUCAUCUACUUGCCUCUUGAGGAUUUCAUUUCUUUACUGAAAGCUUUAUGAACUUGAACCCAAAGGCACAAAAUCUUAUUGGGACAGCAGAAGGUGAUACAGUGAAGAAAUAUACAGAGAGAGACCGGUCUUUUUUGUGACCACAGUCAACCCAUGAAGAGUGAGUGCUCUCAGCUGCCUGAAAGUAUUUACUGCAUUUGUUUCAGAAUACUGUGGAGAAAAUGUAUGCUAGUCGAGAGGAUAUUGGGUAUGAUUUUGGAGACGACUCAAAAGUUGGAAGUAAGCCAAUUAAGCCUAAUCCAAACAUUGAUGGAGGAUGGGCUUGGAUGAUUGUAUUUUCCUCUUUCCUUGUGCACAUACUUAUCAUGGGUUCCCAAAUGGCCCUUGGAGUACUCAACAUGGAAUGGCUUGAAGAGUUCAAUCAGAGCCGUGGCUUAACAGCGUGGGUCAGCUCCCUCAGCAUGGGCAUUACACUUAUUGUAGGUCCUUUUAUUGGUUUAUUCAUCAGCAUGUGUGGGUGCCGCCUGACAGCUAUAAUUGGAGGGAUAUUGAAUGCCCUGGGUUGGAUCCUGAGUGCCUAUGCCUCCAGUGUGCACUACCUCUUCCUUACGUUUGGAGUGACAGCCGGCAUUGGAAGUGGCAUGGUUUAUCUGCCUGCAGUGGUCAUGGUGGGGCAGUAUUUUCAGAAGAGAAGAGCACUUGCACAAGGGCUCAGUACCACAGGAACAGGAUUUGGAGCUUUCUUAAUGACUGCCUUACUGAAGUACCUCUGCACUGAAUUUGGGUGGAGAAAUGCCAUGUUCAUCCAGGGGGCCAUCUCUCUGAACCUUUGUGUCUGCGGGGCACUUAUGAGACCUCUCUCCCCCAAAGACCUGAGUGAAAAAUCUGUAGUGAGAAGUAAUAGUGAAGAUAAUCAAGCAAAAGCUCUGUCCCAUUCUACAGAGACUAUAAAAUCUAAUGGGGUCCUCAGUGAAGAACCAGAGAAAAAAGAAGAGGCAACAAAUGAAGAAGUGCUUGAGAGUGCUCAGCACAUAGAAAUCGGAGGUAGCUCUGGGAGCGGAAGGAAUAUGUAUGGACUGCGCUUGCUUAAGACAGUGAGCCAGCUGACACUUACAGUCAGGAAGGGCUUUGCACUAUGGUACUCCAGCUACUUUGGAGCUGCAUCACUGUUUACCAAUAGAGUAUUUGUGGCCUUUAUAAUUUGGGCUUUGUUUGCCUAUAGCAGCUUUGUCAUUCCCUUUAUUCAUCUUCCAGAAAUAGUCAAGCAGUACAACUUAUCUAGGCAGGACAAUGUAUUUCCUUUGACAUCCAUUAUAGCAAUUGUUCAUAUUUUUGGUAAAGUGAUCCUUGGAAUCAUCUCUGAUCUCCCGUGCAUCAGCACAUGGAAUGUCUUCCUUAUGGCUAACUUUACCCUGGUCACCUGCAUUCUUACUUUGCCACUAAUACAAACAUAUGUCGGCCUGGCUGUGGUUUGUGCUCUAAUAGGAUUUUCCAGUGGCUAUUUUUCUCUAAUGCCUGUUGUGACUGAAGAUUUAGUUGGAACUAAACACCUUGCAAAUGCCUAUGGGAUCAUCAUUUGUGCCAAUGGAAUAUCUGCAUUGUUUGGACCACCCUUUGCAGGUUGGAUCUAUGACAUCACACAAAAAUACGAUUUUUCUUUUUACAUAGCUGGCUUGCUAUACAUGGUGGGAAUAAUAUUUUUACUUAUACAACCUUGUAUUCAAAAGAAACAACCAAGACAAAAAUCUACAGAAGAAGCACAAGUAUAGAACAAAUUCCAGAAGUUUUUUUACAGAACUUUUUUGAUUUCAUGUUUCUAUUGUGUGACAGUAUGAAGAUGUUUUUCUUAUGAAACCAACCACAUUAAGCUGUACUUAAGUGAAAAGCAAAUGUGCUCCAUAAUGCUAAUAAAUUAUGAGAAACAUGCUUUUAAAAUAGUUAAGAUCUCUUACUUUAGAAGUACCAAAUACAGUGAUUAAAACCACACUGCUAGUCUUUUAAUAUCAGCACAAUGCUAGUAGCCUUUACCCUUGCUUCUCUUUCAGCUUUUCACCACUAACCACUGGUGAGAAUCCAUUGACUGCAGUGCAGUUACUCCUGAUUUACACGAGUCCUACGAGAGAAUUUGGUCAGGACACGAAUGAUUUAUAAAGGUCCCUCCUACUAUGUGUUCAGUCUGAUAGUUACAGAGUAUAAGAAAAUGAUUGUAUUUCUUGCCUGGCUAGUCAAGUACUGUUGAAAUGCUAGUAUAAGAAUUACGUUAAUUCAGUGUUUUAAAAUUGCUAUUUCUGUGAUACAAAACUGAAGAAAAGUUCUUAUAUUUUUCUGAAGUGACUCAUUUUGACUUGAUGAUCCUUGUGUGUCCCUUCCAGCUCAGAAUAUUCUGUGAUUCUACUUCAAGGAUUUUUAAUUUUAUUUUUUUAAAGUAUCAACUGCGUAAUAAAGUGGCCAUCCUCAACACACAGGCUGCAUUAUAAAUGCUGUGACACUUAAUGCACCUGAAGUAAAAAAAUCCUAAAUGCAGAAACAGGAAACAUAUGGAAAAUAUUCUUGUGACUGGAAAAUGAUUCCAGAAACAGUCUGGGGUCUGUGGCCCCUUUACCUAAUUAGAGGUACUGUAGAACUUCAUAACAUUGGCACUGAGUCCUUCCAUGGGAAAGAGCUCUACUACAGCACACUAAAUUCUGUUACAAUUCCUUGAAUAACAAAAACUGUUACAUUAUGAGCUGUUGUGUUCCUGCUCAUAAUGUACACCAUGAAGUGAAUAAGAUUGGUCAUGUUUGAGAAGUUUAUUCACUAGAAAAUAAGAUGCUGCAGAGCAUAGAAGAGCUAAAGAACACUUGAAUUAUUCAAAUAAAUUUUCUUAACAUUAAGCACCUGGUAACCAAUGCAGAAGGUGGUUUAUGGUGGGACAGGACAUAAUUUUCAGCUUUGAGAGGUGAAUCUGACGUUAACUUUUCUAUCAAAGAAAAGCCACUGUAUGUUUUUAUCCUCCCAGCUUUAUGAAAGUUUUUUGCAUGACAAAUCAGGUUCUUAGUAUAACACUGGUAUGUGCUGCUGGAAUUCCUUAAAAAAACAAUUGAUGCUAUUCAAUUAUAUUGAAGAACUAUUAGACACAGUUGAGUAUGCAACACUACUGAUCCUCUUUAUAGCUGCAAGGUUGGCUGAGAAAAAGUUCUGAACCACUGUGUGUAUUGUUCUAUAUUGCAAUUCACCAGCUUCUUAGUGUUGCACUUCUACAACUGUUGGCAAGGACAUAUUUUAAAACAGAUCACUGAAAUGAGCCAAAAAAACCAAACAACUUAAGGAAACUCUGAACUACUUUAAGAUUUAGAUCAGUUCAACCAUAUAGUAGUUAUGUAUGGCCUUUAAAAGUCACAUAAAACAACUGAGGUGGCACUGAACUGCAACACAUGGUGUGAACACACGGUGACUUCUUAAAAUCAGCUUUUUUGUUGGAGAAAAUGUUCACAUAAACUUUCACAUCAGUUCUUUGUUACAGGUUUAAUGUCUUCUUGUUGUGAAUGCUGCUGAUAGCUUAUUUUAACUGAGCUAUCUUUUAUCUGUGAAAUAGAUAUAUUGAAGUGAUGAUUUCCUUUAUUUUCCUUUUUUUUCUUUUUGAAAGAUAUGUGCCCUUCAUACAUAGAUCUUCACUUUGUCUUUUGUCAAAAGUAACUUUAUUUGCAUAUUACAGUAAUAAAUAAUAUGCUGUUCACUUGUGAUAUCUGCAUUAUAUCUUUCUAUGGGCCGUAUGUUGGGAAUAAAGUUACAUUACCCAAAAAUA